ACUUAGCUGUGCCAAAAAAUAAUACAGAUGAAGCAAUUGUGGCAGCCAGUUCUCAUAUUUCACAAUUUCGUAGAGAGUUAGCAGAAGCUGGGAUUGGUUCUAAGCAAAUUUAUAUAUAUGCCAAAUUACCAGAAGUUACUCGAGCUUCUAACGAAAUUCAAAAGAGACAACUCAAACAGCGAUUACCCAAUCCACCUAAAACUCCCAAACACUUUUCCUUAGAGGAAGAACUUAGAAGAAUUCAAAAUAUCAAUACUACUAAAAUCCCUACUAUACAAGAUCUUGCAGAUGUAAUUAUGAUGUUGAGUAUGAGACCCGCCGAAGUUGCCACUCUUUGUAUUAUUCAUUAUGAACCCGGUGAAUUGAAUCCUCCUGAAUGGUACAAGCCUGAACGUGCAAAAGAAUUGCUUACCUGGAUCCAAGAUGCAAUAGCAACUAGAAAGUUACGCAAUCCUGUCUAUAGUAUUAAUGGAAAACGCAGUACAGGA